UGAUGAUUGUAUAUCUGUUCUUCCAUGCUUCAUUCAUUCCUAUUUCCGACGUAUAUAUGAUAUGAUACCAUGCAUGUUAUCUUUAAUAGCAUAGGCCUACCUCUUAUUUCACCUAAUUACAGAGACCAGUCCUUGCGAGUCGUACCCUUGCUUCAACGGCGGCACGUGUCAUGAAGAAAAUGGAGGCUUCCUGUGUGAGUGUUCAGUUGGAUUUGCCGGACAGACUUGUGAAAAUGCAAAUGGACCCUGCACCCGCAACCCGUGUUUACAUGGGCAGUGUUCACAGUCUGGGGUGGACGGGUACAGCUGUUACUGUCAGGAUGGCUGGAUGGGGACCAACUGUGACCAGAAGGACCACUGCUUCCGACAAGAAUGUAGCGGCAAUGGUUACUGCUUGAACAAGCAAAAUACUUAUUCUUGUCAAUGCCAGUUAGGUUUUACUGGGCUAAAUUGCCAAGACCGAGUGUGUGACUUGGCUACCUGUUACAAUGGCGGAUCAUGCAUACCGGAUUCCUACGCACCGGAUGGAUACAAAUGCCAAUGUACGGAGGAUUUCGAAGGAUUGCAAUGCCUGGACCGGAUCCAGAGGUGCACUUACACCGUCAGAGUUGAAACCUCUAGGGCAGGUAGAGCAGGAACAGAUGAGCGCGUGGUUGUUACACUUGGGGUUCAAAAAUUUGGGGAGUUGAAGAAGGCACAAUUCGAAGUGCAGGGAGAUUUUGAAUAUGGAAAUGUGGAUGAGGCCACAAAGACGCUCCCCCUCUGUGGUUCACUGAGACAGAUUGAGAUUCACCUGAGACACGAUAAAACAAACUAUUUAAACAUAAAUGAUUGGAAACUCCGCCAGGUGGCAGUGAUCGUAGAUGACAACAUCAUAAUCAAGAAAUACGUCUGUUAUUUUAACACUUGGUUUAGUCCCGGAGAUUACAAAUACAGAGCUUGUUCAUUGCUUUGAUCUACCGGAGCCACGUGUCACUUUGCUGAGUUUGUAUACCACCGUACGGCAAUAAGAAGAUGGGUCGAUGCUUCACAGCACAUUACUUUUUUCUGUACGCCGUUUGAUUAUAGUAUCAGGCAUGGAUAGAUAAAAACUUUGUAGAGUACUGAUUUUAAGUGCCUUUGUUUCAAGCCAGGUGCUCAUUGGCUCAAUUUCUUUCUUAGUAUUUGCACUUCAUUUUACCAAUAGCACCAUAAUUUUGUUGUUGAUGGAGCGGAAGGUUUAGGAAUUGCAGAAUUGCUUUAUCAAAUAUCUCCUUUAACUGUGCACAUGCGACCACCGUUUUAACAUUAAUUAUAAUGACACCGUUGAGUGCCACAGGUACAUAUUUGCGAAUAUUCUUGGGAAGCUUGCUUUUUAUUUUAUAGUAACUAUGCAAUACAAUGAGGAGCUCAAAAGAGCUUUACGCAAAAGAGAAGAUUAAUUGUUUUAAUACAGGUCGUUUGGUGCACGCCAACCAGCACGUUCUGACGUAUAUAAAAGGUCACUAGCGUAAAGAUUGUAAGAUAGGCCUAUAACUAAAUGUUAUGUUAUUUUGUUUAUUUUUCCGAACCGUAAAGCACUAGUAUAAAUGUACCUAACGCUAUUGUACACUUUCAUACUGUCACUAUCUAAUUAUCUUAACGUAAUAUAUUAAUUAGUUAAAACCAUGAAGGGGUAACAGUAAGAAAAUAUACCAGGCGAAUAUUAAAUGGUGCAUGGUGCCUGAACUGUGGCAUACUCAAAAAAUGAAAACGGUCAUCCGUGUCCAUUUGUUUCAAUAAAUUCUGUCUCCGCAGUCAG